AUGGCCGUAUCGAAGAAGCACAGAGGACGAUUACACGACGAACUCGCACAAAGGCUUCAUCAGGAUGUUCGCAACGCCCGAAGCAUCGACAUAUCACGUACUAUGGAUGUUCCUACCCCUGUUCUCGUACCUACACAAGGGCAGAGUUCAUCGUUCUUAUUGAUGCCUGCAGAGAUUCGAAACGAAGUCUAUCAGUAUCUCCUGCCGGAUGUUACCAGCCUGCGAGACGUUACCGGUCUUCUUAGCGCUUGCAAGCAGAUCCGUCAAGAGUUUUCCAGCAUGAUAGUCGCCGAGAGCCAGUUAGUCAUGAACGGCGCAGUACAGAAGAGCAUCGAUAUGGUUCAAGUCGCUUUUUCCACUACUGAGAUAGAUACGGUCAUCGGCACGCCCCAGAUCCAGACGCACUCCCACCUUCAUAACGUGAAAGUCCGUCUCGGAAUGCGCGAUACACGCUCGCUACCUGCCGACGCAAAUGAACCACGCAUAUACUUCGACGACGUCUUCGCCUCGUUCCGCGAAUUACUGAGCCUACAUCUACCUUACGUUACCGUCAAUGUCCCUGCCGCAAUCGCCAAAGACGCCAGUAUAGCCGAUCCCGAACUUCGACAUCGCCUGCUAGACGCAUGCAUCUUUACCUUCAGGGGAUUGGAAGAGACUCCAGGGGUCACAUUGAACGUGCAGCACGUUAUAUUCAAGAUUCAGACUCACAAGUGGGAUACCGCGGCUCUUAUACAUGAACCUGUUGUAGUCUUUGUAAGACGUAUCAACGAACAGAAAGAGAUUAAGUUUGAUCUGCUUUGGAAGGACCCAAGGACGGAGAGCCAGCAAAACUCCACAGAUAUGGCAAUGAUGGCACAGUUGAAAGAUAUCAGCUGCAUACUACUGGCAAGCAACGUUGGAGAUGCGAACCUGUGGCUGAUAACUCCUAAUCGCUAG